GUUUUCAUCGAUGAAUGAAUAAACAAAGCUUGAGAAAAAAAAAACCUGAAUCAGAUCAAUCCACAACGCAGAUCAUCGCAGAAAAAUAAAAGGACAUUGACAAUUGUCAGUGAUUCCAUUACAGAGGAGCUCUGUUUUCAAAUGGGGAGCUUGGGGACGUUUCUGAGAUACCCUGAUGAUAUAUAUCCACUCCUGAAAAUGAAACGAGCCAUCGAGAAAGCAGAGAAGCAGAUCCCUCCUGAGCCACACUGGGCUUUCUGCUAUUCUAUGCUUCAUAAAGUUUCUAGAAGCUUCUCUCUCGUUAUUCAGCAGCUUGGUACCGAGCUUCGUAACGCUGUGUGUGUUUUCUACUUGGUUCUUAGAGCUCUUGAUACUGUUGAGGAUGACACAAGCAUACCAACUGAUGAAAAGCUGCCCAUCUUGAUAGCAUUCCACCGGCAUAUAUAUGAUACUGACUGGCACUAUUCAUGUGGUACGAAGGAGUAUAAGGUUUUAAUGGACCAGUUUCACCAUGUUUCUGCAGCUUUUUUGGAACUUGAAAAAGGGUAUCAAGAGGCUAUUGAGGAAAUUACUAAAAGAAUGGGUGCAGGAAUGGCCAAGUUUAUCUGCCAGGAGGUAGAAACUGUUGAUGACUAUGAUGAGUACUGCCACUAUGUUGCUGGACUUGUGGGUUUAGGUUUGUCUAAACUCUUCCUAGCUUCCGGAUCAGAAGUUUUGACGCCAGAUUGGGAGCAUAUUUCCAAUUCGAUGGGUUUAUUUCUUCAGAAAACAAACAUUAUCAGAGAUUAUCUUGAGGACAUUAAUGAAAUACCAAAGUCCCGUAUGUUUUGGCCUCGCAAGAUUUGGGGCAAAUAUGCUGACAAGCUCGAGGACUUGAAAUACGAGAAGAACUCGACCAAUGCAGUGCAGUGCUUGAAUGAAAUGGUCACUAAUGCUUUGAUGCAUAUUGAAGAUUGCCUUAAAUACAUGUCUGCGUUGCGUGAUCCUUCUAUAUUUCGGUUUUGUGCUAUCCCUCAGAUUAUGGCGAUUGGAACACUUGCAUUAUGCUAUAACAAUGUGCAAGUAUUUAGAGGCGUUGUGAAAUUGAGGCGAGGUCUUACUGCUAAAGUGAUUGAUCGCACAAAGACAAUGGCUGAUGUCUAUGGUGCAUUCUAUGAUUUUUCUUGCAUGUUGAAAACAAAGGUUGACAAGAACGAUCCAAAUGCUAGUAAGACACUAAAACAACUAGAAGAUGUUCAGCAACUAUGCAGAGACAAUGGAGUUCUUCAUAAGAGAAAGUCUUAUGUUAAUGACAAAGGACAACCAAACAAUCUUUAUCAACUAGGCACUGAGCUACGUAACGCCGUGUGUGUGUUCUACUUGAUUCUCCGAGCUCUUGAUACUGUUGAGGAUGAUACAAGCAUACCUACUGAGAUCAAGGUUCCAAUUCUGAUAGCUUUCCAUCGUCACAUAUAUGAUCGUGACUGGCAUUUUGUAUGUGGUAAGGAAAGUUAUAAAGUUCUGAUGGACCAAUUUCACCAUGUUUCUGCAGCGUUUCUGGAACUUGGUAAAGGGUUAGUACAACUAAGUGCCAUAUGUUUUUAUAAAUUUUGUAUUCAAAUUAAUUUAUGUUGUUUUCCUUUUUUACCCAAAAGGUGUCAAGAAAUUAUUGAAGAUAUAACUAAAAGAAUGGGUGCAGGAAUGGCCAAAUUCAUUUCCAAGGAGGUAGAAACGGUUGAUGAUUAUGAUGAAUACUGUCAUUAUGUUGCUGGACUUGUGGGUUUUGGUAUGUCUAAACUCCUUCUCUCUUCAGAGUUAGAAACAGUGCCUCCAGACUUGGAGCAGCUUUCCAAUUCUACAGGUUUAUUUCUGCAGAAAACAAACAUCAUCAGAGAUUACCUUGAGGACAUUAAUGAAAUACCGAAACCACGCAUGUUUUGGCCUCGUGAGAUUUGGGGAAAAUAUGUUGACAAACUCGAGGACUUGAAAAACGAGGACAAAUCAACAAAGGCAGUGCAGUGUUUGAAUGAUAUGGUCACUAAUGCAUUGAUUCAUGUCGAAGAUUGCUUGAAAUCUAUGGCUGUAUUGCGUGAUCCUGAAAUACUACAGUCUUGUUCCAUCCCUAUGAUUAUGGCAAUUGGAACACUUGCAUUAUGCUAUAACAAUGUACAAGUAUUUAGAGGUGUCGUGAAACUGAGGCGAGGUCUCAUUGCUAAAAUAUUUGAUCGCACAAAGACAAUGGAUGAUGUCUGCGGUGCAUUCUAUGAUUUUUCUUGCAUGCUAGAAACAAAGGUUGACAAGAACGAUCCAAAUGCCAUGGAAACAUUAAACCGACUUGAAACCAUCAAGAAAGUCUGCAGAGAAUAUGGAGGAGACCUUCACCCAAGUUGGAAGUUCUAA